UUUUGCGAGGUUUCUCUGAGAUGCGAUGCGCGCUACAUUGAGGAGCAGUGGACAGGCGCGCGCGUGUUAUUGUUAUCAAUAAUAAUAAUAGCAAUCAGCUUCCAUAAGGCGCUUCUGUCAGACAGGUGUUUGUGUUUUGGGUAUCAUGAUGUUAGGACAGUCUCCACACCUCAUCGGGGGAAUCCUCUGGAUCCAAAACCCAAUGCGAGCUGUUCACUGUAAUCUGAGCCAGAACGGCAUCGACCAUCAGGUGUGCUCCGAGGACGUGCCGUCACACCUGGAGGAGGUGUGUGUGGAUCCCGGACUGGAUGACGAUGGAUCGGCUUUUCAUGAUCAGAGUCCCGGAUUCCAGAGGAGAUCUCCACCGCAGCGCUCCGUCUCUGAGUCUGAGCUCUCCAGGCCAGGAACAGUGAAACUGUCCAAACCGGUGGCGCUGUGGAGUCAGCAGGACGUGUGUAAAUGGCUGAAGAAACACUGUCCUAAUCAACACCAGGUCUACAGUGACUCCUUCAAACAGCACGACAUCACAGGUCGAGCUCUGAUGCGGCUCACAGACCGUAAGCUGGAGCGGAUGGGAAUCAUGCAGGAGAGUCAGAGACAGUUCAUCUUACAGCAGGUCCUUCAGCUUCGCGUCAGAGAGAGGGUUCGAAACCCUGCAGCUGCUCACGCAAGCGUCUCUGGAGAGUUCGCCGUAGUUUCAGCGUUCCCGAAGAUCCUCAUUUCUCCGUCCAGCGUCACAGCAGACUUCCAGCCCUGCGCUCAAAACUCUCCUGAAGCAGAUCCACACCUUCCUCUGAUCAAAACACUCCCAAACUGAUCUUCUGUAGCUCGUUACAGCACAUCACACCGACCUCCAAUAAUCUCCUGGACUACUGAUGUUCUCUGUUGGACGAUGUGAAAGACUUGCUGCUGAAUUAACUGCGUUGUAUGUAAUCCUGAAGUGUAGCACUUUAACCUCUCUCUCUUCCUGCCAGUGUUAGCAAACCUGACUAGCAUGAGGUUUGACAACACGCAACAGAACAGAAAAACUCUAUCUAUCUAUCUAUCUAUCUAUCUAUCUAUCUAUCUAUCUAUCUAUCUAUCUAUCUAUCGA